AUGGACACCGACUUCGCCUGGUCCCCAAGGCGAGCCCGGGAGCGUCGUGUGGGGAGUGGGGCGAGUGGCGUGGGCCCACCGUGUGGGCGCGGCCAGGCGGAAGCCGGCGACGACGCCCUGCGCCUUUUUCUGGAGCGCGCACGCCAGCGGGCGGCGCAACGGCACAUGCAGCGGACGGCACGGCUGGAAUCCCGCUACCUACGCCAGCUGCAGCUGCGCUUGACGCUGCCGCCACAGCAGAAGAAAGAGGAGGAGGAAGAAGAAGAGGGUCCCGCCGCUGCGCGGGAAACGCGGAGCAGCAGCAGCAGCCCACCGUGCUAUUGCCGAGGGCCAAUGUCGCCAAAAGAGGCGGAUGUUAUUGAAAUUGAGCUGGAUGAGAGCGACGAGAAUGAGGAUGUGGAAGAGAUGCAAAAGUCCGCGGAAGCAACAAUGUUGGUAUCCUGCGGAGUUGCGGUGCCCCCUUCCAGUGCCGCCGCCGCAGCUUUUACUUCAACGGUGGGGGAAAAGCCUACAACUCCGCACUCAUUCCCAGCCUCGUUCACACCGCAGAGUGAAUCCAACUCCCAGGGGCUGUCACCGGAGGUGGACACGCCGUUUGCGUUGGCUUCGGACGAAACCCCUAACGGCCAUGCCGUGGCGGCUGCCAAAGCAGACUUCACAAUCAAGUAUGACAACUUGGACGACACGGACGCAGCGGUGUGCGCCACGGCAACGUCGACGUUGGCUGUGGCGACCUUUAACUCUGAAAAACAACCCAUAGACAAGUUUUGGGGCAACUCAGUCAAAGACAGGUGCGCGGGCAAAACGGCACUACAGUCAGAGCCUUUCUCGCGUACUGUUGGCGAAUGUGACGAUGAGCAGCAAGUGAGGCGAUGCCUAAUGCACGUUUUUGGAAAUCACCUUGGCGCUGAAGCCUCACAAGUAGAGCAUGAAGCUUCACCCUCAGCAUCGGCAAAAGGACUGGGACUGUUGGAUCCGGAGUUGGAGGAGUUUCUUGCGUGGGAGGAGGCAAAACCACUGAAGCGCCGCGAAAGUCUGCAGGCGGGCUUGAAGCGCGGGUCCUUCCUGGCCAAGGUAUACGCGGCGGCUCAGCCAGAGCUAGACAGUUCAGCGUUAUUUGACGCUCCUGGUAGAAAGCCGGCUGAACCGCUGGUGCCAGAAUGCCCCGCUUCACGUUACAUUCAGUGGAUAGCCGGUGAUCUGGACUGCUACGAGGAUCUUCUUUUGCGCCUGACGCCGGCCAGUCAAGCGGCAGAGCGGGCUGUGGUGGAAGGCGUGUGCGAGACCGUGCUGAAUGAUUACAUCGCGGAGUGCGUGGUGGACUGUCUUCUUCACAGCUGCGAUGCGACCGCAUCUUCCUGA